GCUUUAAAAUGGCAUCGCAGACGAAGGAGAGCGGCUGCGCACGGACCAAAAGGAACCAGUCAGCCACUAACUCUCCACAGGUUUCAAGACCGCUUUCUCAAAAAAUGUCUUUGGCUGAUGAAAAUUAUGAUGAAGAUGUUCUGCCCAGCAUCAACCAGAGACUAGCCUGGUUGAGACCGUCCCGGUCACUGCUGGAAUACUACAGGAGAAAAGUAGCUGAAUUUGAGCAAGAGCACAUGGAGAUGGCAUCAAAACUGGAAGAGUAUCAAGUUACUACGGAAGAUCAGCACAGACUCCAGUGGGAAUUGCGACAGAGGGAGGAGGAGAUAGUAGAACUGCAGAAGGCUUUGAGUGACACACAAACUAUCUUGCUGAAGGAAAGGGAACGUAUGCUCAGGGUUUAUGCAGAGAAUGAUCGACUACAAAUCCAGUGUCUUGGCGACAAGAAAAAAAUCCAGCUGCUGUUGGAUUUGACAUCUUGCCUGGAUGGGGACAUCACAUACUUGUUGAAGGAGCCUCCUGCUAAGGCUAUAGUUAAACAGCGUAAACCUGUUCAAAGUCUGGGGAAGAAUCUUACGUCUAACAGCUUCUCUGGCUGCUUAGGAACUGAUGGAACGUCUGCUACAAACAGGAAAGCAGGAAUGUCUUCUCCUCAUUCCAAGAGGCAGGCUGCAUCCAACUCAGCCCUAGAAGAGAACUACAAGCAUGAUAAUGAGAUCCUGUCCCUGCAGGUAGAGGCACUUCAGAGCCAACUUGAGGCGCAGACGAAGCAUGCCAAAAACCAGCUGGAGGAGCUUUUUGAAGACCGCCGUAUCAAGGAGGAAGAGUUUGAGACACGCAGACAGCGGGAUGAGGACAAGAUCAGAACACUCACAGAAAAAUUACAAAAGACUCAAGACCUCCUUUACACCAGCACCAAAGAUUACCUGAACCUGCGUUAUGAAGGACGUUGUCAGGAAAAGAAGUGGAUGGAGGAAAAAGAUGCUCUCCUCCAAGAGUUGGACAGCUGUAAAGAAAAAAUGAGAGGCCUGAAUCUGAAACAGGAUGUGGUGUUUAAUGUGUCCAGUGGUGGAUGUGACAGAACCCAUGCUCACUCAGAGGAUCUAGAGAAUCUUGAGUAUAGGUUGAACGAGGCCAACAAGCUAUCAGACAUGUACAGGGAGCAGGUGAUCUCACUUGAAUAUGAAGUGUCAAGGAAACGUGAGGAAGGUGAUGUUACAAGAGAGCUUUUUAAGGUAUACUGUCUUUUGAUCAAAGCAAACAAAAUAGUCUCAAAAAAAUAUCUGAAAUUUUCACAACAUUGGAAAGGUUGGGAUGAAGUUAAUGAUGCAUUUGUAAAAUCUGGUGAGGUUUAAUUCAUGCUUGAUAAUUUUGCAAGUUUAUAUAGUUUAUUAUUAAGUAUGUGGCCUUUUGUUUGAGAUAGAUGUAACUUUUAAACUCAUGUAUCAGUUUUGCCUCUUGUAUAUAGGUGUACAUGUUCAUCCCAGUCAAAGUGUGAACUACACCUGUAUUUUGUGCAUGUUAUUAUUGUGUUA